AUGUUGGUUUGGUUUUUCGUUUGUUAGUUUACUUGGGGUUUUUUUUAACGUUAAGAUAGCUAAUUGCAAAAUUAGUUUCUAUUAUUCAUCUUAAAGAAUAGUGGCUCUUUUUGCAGUCAGUUUUACAGUUGCUGUACUGCAUUCAGGGACACAUUAAACAUGGGAGGUAUUUCCUGGGCCUGUUGCUGUGCCUGUGGAUCUGUGGAAUCACUGGAAGACUAUCUUAUAUGUUAAAAAAACACAAUAAAAUAAAUUUUUCAGGAAGAGACUCUUGCUUAGUUAUAUAUUUUGUAUGUUCUUUGCUUGAUAUAUUAUACAGAGAAAAAUCUGUUCUGCCAAAAUGCACAAAGUGUGAGCAGACACCAGACCAGAGUCUUUAACCCCAUGUGGGCAUGAAAUACAUGGAUAAUUCUGUCCUGAAAAGGCACAUUUGCAGGUUGAAGUGCUUGAUGCACACAAGGUGACACAGAGACAGUGAGUUUUUAUGGAUAAAGUACCAUUUUGCAAUCUGCUCUCACUCUUAGUCAGUAUUUAUCAGCAGUAGUAAGGUCCAGUCUCAUUUUUGUCAUGAGUAAAAAAUCCUCAUGUGUAACAAAAUAAUCUAACCUUAACCUCUGGAAUGAAAAAAUUAACUUAGAUUUUUUUAGUUUUACAUGCGUUAAAAGCACAAACUGCUGAUCUAUAUGUAAAUAAAUGCUGCAAGAUGUAUGUAUGCAAGAUGAAUGUAAAAUGGGAAAGAAAAUACUAUUUUUGCAUGGUAAUAGGUUACUUAAAGACCUCUUGAUGCCUUAGAAAGAAAUUGAAAAAGCAUUUUAUUUAGAGGCAAUUCUAUUGGCAUACUUUUUGUAUCUUUAGUUCACUUUGGUUUUCUCUAGGGGAAAAGAAUUUCAGAAUUAAAUAAUUGUUUCUUCUUGGAAUUGAUGUUCUUCAGUAUUUUGCACAUUUCGUGGUUUCUAUACCACCUUUGCAGCUGUGAAAUAAUGAAGCUUUUCAGAGACGAAAUCUGGAUGCCUGUAGCCCAAAAGUUUUAGAUCCCUUGAAUUCUCCCAAAGAAAAAUCUUUUCUGAGGCAUCUGGAGUUCCUUUAAGGCCUUCAUUUCAGCAUUUUGUUAUGUAUUUUAGCAAAGUAAAAGCAGCCAACAAAUGAGGCAUUUUGGUAAGUGUUGCCUACUGUAUUUUCAACUGAAAGUGAAGGGGGGUAAAAUUUAACAUAUUCAUUUGUGUAAAAAAAAAAAUCCUGUUAUUAAAAAUUUUUCAGUUUUGGUAUAUUAGCAUGUAUAUCAAAGAGUCAUCUAUGGAAACUUUUGUAAAGAACUAAAUUCUUAUCUUUCUCUAAACUGCUCAUAAGAUUUUCCUGUGGACUCACAUAAAAUAAAAGCUCUUUUAAAAAAUCCUUUGUUCCUCCAGCACUCUGUCCUCACCAUCGGUAUGAAGCAAUUCGGAAUGUCUGCCUAAACCGAAUGUGUUGUAAAAAUAAGAAAUUAUGUAAAAAAAUUAUGACGAAAUGCAUAUUGGGACAUGAGAUUUAUUUUAGCAAUGUCCUAUGAAAACAAAUUGUUGCAAAGCUCUCUGAAGAUGCAGCAGUCUUUCCGUAAUGGUUUCAUUUUUUAAUUUUAGAUCAAUAACAAUAUAAUCAAAUGUAUAUGCUUGUUUCAUAUGAAUUGACAAUUGGGAAUGCAUAGUAUUUUUUCAGACUGCGUCUAGACCAAUAAAGUUUCAAAGCAUUCAGGCUCCAUUCUGGUUUUUGUGCGCAUUUCUAUCUCCCUUCACUUGGAAAUCCAGAAACGCUUGGAAGUGCCCAAAGCCAGGCUGGACGGGGCUUGGAACAGCCUGGUGUAGCAGAAGGCGUUGCUGCCCAUGGCAGGGGGCUGGAACAGGAUUCGUAUUUGGGGUCCCUUCAACCCGAAUCACUCUAUGAUUCUACGCGCUCCAUUUUGUCAGGUAACGAAGAAGCUACGACAUUCCUCCUCUCCACAAACGGAAGUUAAAACACGGGUUCGGAUCAGUACAGGGAUCAUCACACACACGAUUAAUUCACUCGACUUUCAUACACGAGUUUCUACCUGGUGAGGCACAGGCUGCGGGUGGCUCGGAAGAGGCACGAAGCGGCCGGACGCGGUGAGGGCGCCGCUGCCCACAGCCGGCCCCUCACGGGCCGCGCUCCCUCACCGCUCGGCGCGUGCGGCCGCCCCGCGCAUGCGGGCUGGCGGUGCGGGGACGGUUCCGCCUGCGGGGCCGCGGGCGGGGAUGGCUGCGGCGGGUCCGGUUGGCGUGGAGCGGGACUGCGGCCUCCACGCACCCUGCAUCGGGAAGGCGCCGCGGAAGAAGCGUCGCGCCUCCCCUCUGCCGGGGGUGGUCGCUCUCCCGGGCAGCCGGGCCGGUGUCUCUCAGAUGUGCCGGCGGCGCCUGUUCGGGAGCGCGGGGCCUCGCGGGCCCGAGCCUGCCUGUAAACGUCUCUCCCGGGCCGCGGCCGGGCUUGGGGUGCAGGAGGCUGGGCCGGUACCGGUGGGAAAGGGUGGCGGAAAGAGGACUCUGCGCUGUGAUUUGUCCGGCCUGAAUAAAAAGUUCAGUGGGAAAAACCUACCAAAGAUUAAAGAAAAUGUUGAAUAUACUGAAGAGAGCUCUUCAUGCAACCAAAGUAAUCAAGCGACUGUCAGAGAAACAACAGACUUCAACAUAAAAGAAGAGGAACCAGAAGAAAGCUGUGUAUCACUGAAGGAAUCCAAAAUAAUCAACUUUGAAAAUAAAGAAAGUUUGAAAAAUGCUGAAGUGACUUCAAGUACAGAAAUUACUCUUCCCACAGGUGUUUCCACCUUUCUCAUAGAGUGUUUAGAUGAAGAUUCAGCUGCAGAUUAUAGCACUGCUAGGGACAGCCUGAAGACUUACUCAUCCCCUGAAACAUUCAGAGAUGAUGAUUUGGAAAGAUCCAAUUUUUACUCUGUGGACCUUGGCAAGUACAAGAACUCUACUCUCUUGGACUCCAGCAAAGCAGUGGCCAUAGAUAAGAUACCACAGAUCUCAAAUCUUUCAGCAAUAUCAGAACCUGUACCUGAGGAUUUUCCAGACCGAUGCAUUAGAAGAAAGAGACGAUCAAAUUGCUAUUACAGUUCUUCAGCAUUAAGCAUUUCAACUACACUGGCAGGAAAAAAAGUCCGUAAAAUAACAGCUGCAAGAGAGAGAACGCCUGACCUAAAAAGUUGUGUGCGCUGUUCUUCACCGUUAGGGCCGGAAAGCAAGCGUGAUAGUCAAACAGCUAAAGCCAAAAGGUUGAAGAAAAAAGAAAGCAGUUUCAAUCCCUUAGAAGGAGGUUCAUCAUCCUUUAGGCAGCUUGAUGCCCCGGAAGACUCCUCAGCCAGAUCAGAGGGGUUGACAGCAGAAGUUCUGCCAGCCAAACCGACAGAGGCUGUGGUGCCUCUGUGUGACAGACAGGAGAUCUGCUCCAUUGUUAGAAUGUCACCAGGCCAGAGGCCUUCCCGGCUCCAGCAAGUUCCAGUUAACUGGAAAGAGUUCAGCCUUCCCAAAGGAGUGCCUGAAGAUAUUAUUACAAGUACCAAAAAGUGGAUCUGCUGUAAACAGAAAUGAGAUUUUUUUUUUUUGCUUUCAGCAGGAGUCAACAGAAGAAAUUACUGUCUUGCUGCUGUGGCAGGGUGGGGAAACUGAACUCCUCACUAGUAAAUAAUGGUUGUAUUUUUUUUUCUUUUUGCAUGCAUGUUGUUUGAAAUUUAGUAUGUAUUUCAGUAAGCUAGUAAAUACUCAAAUACUUUAUAGUUAAUUAUUUUGUACAGCAGCUAGAUCCUGAUCUGGGCAUUAUUCUGUAAGGAUUCCAUAAAGAUGAUUCUUCAGUUUGUUUAGAUUUUUAAAAAGUGUGACUGAAGAACAGCAGACCAAGUUGCUUUAGCAGAAUUACUGUUGGCUUGCUCUCUGCUAAGAUUUCUAGUUUUCUGUAGCAGCAUUAGUAUCUAAAGAUGUGACCCCUGUAUAAGUGUUAACAUCGGCUGUGAAGGUAACUGCAUGUCCUGGGAGUGGCUGUGAAAGCAUUCAUGUACUCUUGGGGACCCACAAGUCAAUAGUAUACUACCAUUAAAUUCCUUGAAUGCUUAGGUCUGCAGAACUUUGGAGGUACAGGACUGUGUAUUCUGCUGUAAUUUGAUUUCUGAACACCAGCAGAGGUUCUCUUCACCCCAUCGUCACUGUGAAUUGGCUCUUAAUGAUCAGCACUGUCACCAUUCUGGGCACAUCCACUGCCCAGCCACUGCCAUCUCAGAGUCCUCCUUAUUUCAUCUCAGGUAUUUUGUAAUAUCACAUCUCUCAGCCUUUGUUUUUUCUACUGGCUUCAGACUUAGAGAAAGUAAAUGCCUUACAUGAAACAGUGGUGGGAAAAACCCUUUUACAGCUGAACUGUUUGAAGAGAUGGAUAUUGAUAUUCUGGAUUUUCAGGUUACUGCUCACACUGUGUCCACACAAAUCAAAUUCCCAGUGCUUCCAGUUCAGCUUGUGGAUUGUUAAUUCAUGAAUGUUCUUAAUGUGCUGAAUGUGUCAGAAAACACUGUCAAGAAGACUUUUUUUCCACUUGAAUUCAUUGCACAUUAAAGUAAUUUCGACCCCUACAGUGUUCUCGCUGCAAUAUCCUUUACUCAGACUUUAUCUGGACAGAAAGGAAGGUUUUCAAUGUUUCAAAAUGCUAGUAUGGCUUUCAAAAGUCUGAGUUUGUUUCCCAGUGUUAUCACCCUGGAAAAUAGUUCUGUAUUUCCAAGAAGAGCAUGACAAGAAGACAUACAAAACCCACACCUAUAGUUUGACUGCAUUUGAAAACACCUGCAAAAGUUCAAACCCUGAUCUUUUCCCCAUUGCUCUGGGGUAGAAGGAAGUGCAGAUAAUUGCUGCUGGAUUAGUCUGUGAACAAGUAUUAUAUAAACAUUUAAAAUGGCUCAAGGCUAAAAAUUAUGCCAUUAAGCUAUUUUUCUUUUAAGCAUUAGUAGAAUUGAGUUCUGCCAAUAACUUCUUGGAGUCCUGUCAGGUAUGCUUUUAAUUAUCAAUAUCCCUGUUCUUGCAAAUACUAAGUCACUAGUAAUUAUGCAAGAAUCUAGAGCCCCUAGGAGACAGAGAUGAACUCCUUGAUGUAGCUUUAAGCAAAAUUGAAAGUUACAUAUUCAGUAAGUUGUGUUUAUGAUGAUUAUUCAAGGAAAGGAUCGUCCAGAAUAAAAAUAUGUUUAUUGUAAGGGCAUUCUGGAAGUCAUAGGAAAAAAUACUUAUUUUGUCCCAAGCCAUUUCGUAGUGCUAUACAUAGAGACUAAUACUGGCAAACUAAUUGGAAAGUACAGGAGAGGAAAAUAUGGUCUGUAACUGUGGAAUUGGCGGUAGCAGCUUGAAUAUUGUCGGGGUUUGCUUUUGUUUUUCUUGAUGUGAUGAGGCUGUAUAGGACAGAAAUAUCAUGAACCACAAUCUCGUGUCCUUCCCUUCAGUUAUGAAAGCAGUGCUUCUUAUCAUCUUUUGUCUGACUCUUAGAGAAACUGUAAUUACCAGGCUAGCUCUCUGCCCCAGGGAAGGAAAUUAAUUUGGAGGCUGCAGCAAUCUCUACUCUUGUUCUGCUGUUCUCAAAGGAAAGACAUUUUCCCGUGGUUUGGUUUUCAGCUGAAAAAUUACUACGUAAAAUUUCAUUCAGAGUGGGAAUUGGCUCUUCUGUAUUGGUAGAUAAAGGUUAUGGGUCAUGAAGGUUAUGGGUCAUGGCCAGUUAAUUGCCAGAGGAGAUUAUUUGUGCAGUGAUUCAGAAGAAGAAUCUGUUCAGUGUCACCAGGGCUGCCCUGUCACAUCCCAGGCUUGAAUGGAAUUACUUCCAUGCAAGAAGUCUGAUAAUCCUUUAUCACCAGGAAUUGUGCAUGGCAGAUGCAUGUUGAGUAAAUGUAUUAUACAUAAAUCUGUAAGAGGCUUUUCAUUAACACUGUUCAGUUAUUCUUGUUAUCUGAAGUGCGCUUCUAGGAGACUUGGACUCCAAGUGCUCAGAGAUGGUGUGGGAGAUGUUUCUUGUACUGGAGUACUACAAAAGUACAUGUACAGGCUGGUGGAGGAUAAAAUCUUACAUGCAAAUGGUUCUGGUUUGAUUCAAAGUCCUUAGACUAGAAGAGAGAUGUCUGGGGCCCAAAUCAAAAUAUGCUGAAUGUAUACGCAAGUUCACUUACAUGUAAAGGGACUCCCUCAGCUUGAAUUGUAAUGCACUUGAACUUAGGUAAAUCUUCAUUGCUCUAAGUUGUGAAACUACUGAAAGCUGAGUUACAUAUCCUGGCCAAAAUUCUAUUAUUUUGUUUUGUUCCCUGAGGACUUUUUAUCUUUAAGACUGUAUUUGUGUGCUCCUCUUGAAGCCAGGAGGCUUCCACAUAGUGAAAGGAUGUAAAGAUUGGUCUUGUAAAGAUCUGUGGUAGGCACGUGUGUCUUCUGUACAGAACAAGGGGAAAAAGAUGCAUCUAAACAUCAGUUCCUGUUUUGUGUUAGAAUUGUAUGCAACUUCAGGUAGAUGGAAAACAAAGUUCCUACAGAUGGGUGAUGGUGAAGAAUCAUUAUGUAGCUAUGUUACGCAUGUGCUAAAUUAUGCCUUAAAAAUAAUCUGCUUAAUUUAAUCUUACAUCAUACAUUGUUUUAGCUUAAUUCCAUUUUCCAGGGAAAGCAGAUGAGUCAAUCAGCUUUGUCAGUCCUUAAUUAAGCUUCCUAGCAUGGUUGUAUCUGAACAGUGAGACAUUGAAGGAGACUGUUAGCUGUUACCAGGGUUUCUAUUUCAUUUAAGUAUUACUAAUAAAGAGUUUUGUGAAAAAGCAUAGAUCCUUUUGAUUUUACAGAACCUAUCACGCUUUUUCUUUUUUUUAUUCUUUUUUUUAAAGUUACUGGGCAUUAUGUCCUAAAUACUCAUUUGUGGAUGAUGUUUUACGUGUACUGAUGGCUUCCUCUGCCAUCAACUACACGCGUUCGACCUUCCCUGUUGGUUUUGACUCC